AUGUGGGACGUCACUGCCAGAGUGCGCCGCAUUACGUCGGCUUCGGUUCUGCGCGAGCGCAGCGCAGAUACGCAGCGCGCGGCCGGCAAGCUGGGGGCGCCCGCAGUGAGCAGCGCAGACUGUACGCUACGCUGCGGCGGUCGGCGCGCGCGCCUCCCGGAGAGGCAAUUAGAAGGCCUCGCCUCGCCUCGCCACGGCUGCGGCUGCCUUUUAUUAUCCGCUCCGCUCGGCUCGGCUCCUCCACGCGGCGCGGCGGUGGCCUCGGCCGCGCGCUGCGCCGGCGCGGGAGCCGCAGCGGCAGUGAGCCCUGCCAUCUGGCUGCCCCGCCAGCCGCCGGGUAGCCCGUGGUCGCGUGGGGGGAGGGGGCGGCGGCGGCGGCGGCGGCGGAGAGCGGGUGAAGCGGAGGCGCCGAGAACGGCCCGGCCCGGCGCGCGCCCGCACGCACACAGAGAUAGCUGGCGCCGCGGGCAGAUAGCUGCGCUCCGCGAGGCGACAAAUACAGCCGCGCAGAGCGGAGCGGCGCAGCGCCGGAAGGGCGCGCCGUGGCGCCGGCAGCGAGCGGCUCGGAAUAACAGGCCGCGGCGCGGCGCGGCGGCCACAAAGGGCGUGGCGCGGCGUGGCGGCUGCGCUGCCGGCCGCGUCUCGCUGCUUCGCUCCGUACCGGCGCCCUACAACACACAAUAA